AUGGACCAAUCCAUUAUUAAAAUUGCGCAGUCGUCUCCCAAAUCAGUUGCCGGGCUGGCUAAAACCAUUCGUGAGAAGGGUAUCGACCUGGAGGAGCCAGUCGGUAUUCUUUUCGCACCUGGGAUCAACUUGGUGGUCGCUCAACUCGCGAUGAUCUUCGCUCGGGCCACCUGUGUCGCAGUGGAUCCUUCUAUGCCCAGAAUGAGGCUCUUGGGGAUGUUUCACGACAUUGGGGUCAAGUAUGUGAUUGUUGCCGAGCAAGAUGAACAGUUUUUGGAAGGCAUGAGCUAUAUUACUCUCUCGCGCAACAAAGAGCGUGACGCUCAUAGCCAUUUGAAUUUGAUAUGGCGCUUCCUGCCUUGGACUCGGUCUUGGAUCCGCAGCACCGCACCCUUAUCCUCUUCACCUCAGGCUCUACGGGUAAUCAUCGCUCAGAAUAUUAUGCAUCUGACCAGCAAGACACCAUUCACCCCAUUGCUCCCUGAUGACAAAGUGGCACAUUUCAAUAACCCGGGUUUUGACCUCAGUCUCUUUGAGAUUUGGGUUGCCCUCCUUUCUGGUGCCACUAUCGUUCCCAUCAAGAAGGAAGUCGUGACGGACGCUUCCCGUCUUAAAGAUUUCCUUGGAUCCCAAGGUGUGACAGUUCUGAUGCUUUCCGUCGCCUUGAUGGAGAUUCUGGUGUUCGGUGAUCCUUCCAUCUUUGAAAAUUUGCGCCAUGUGCUGAGUGCUGGGGACGUUGCCAGCGUCAAGGCCAUGCGUGCGAUGUGUAAGCCCCCGAAAUAUCUCUGGAACACAUACGGCCCAACGGAGUGUACUACACUUACGACUGCCAUGCUAGUAAUUGAGGAAGAAUUGAAACGGGACCGGAUCAGCAUUGGUCGACCGGAUCUGCAGCCAAUUCGGGAAAGCGGCAGCCGAGGAGAGCUCUGCAUCUCUGGACCCCAGCUUUCAACGGGCUAUCUGGGCAUGUCGGCCGAGACUGGAGAGCGGUUCAUCUUUAUGGAUUAUAAUGCCCUGGGCUCUGAAGAAACCUCGGACAACGGUGAACAAACUAUUCGCUUAUACCGAACGGGGGACUAUGCCGAAUGGAGGUCAGACUCAGACUUCCUGAGACUUCUGCGGCCGCUUGGAUCGGCAGAGGUGGAACGACAAUUGCUUUGCCAUGAGGAUGUCGUCUCGGUAGCGGUGAUUCAUAUUCCAUCAACCGCCAAAAACGGAAUCCCAUUGCUUGUUGCGUUUGUCAAAGCAAACAAGAGGCGAGACCUGACAGCUGAGUCUAUUCAGGCAUUUGUUCGCGAGCGAUCGCCUUCAUACAUGGUCCCGAAUCACAUCGAGCUACUCGACGAGCUCCCAUUGACCAUCAACAGCAAGCUUGAUCGACAAGCGCUUAAAGACCGCUAUAUGGGACAGAAGAAACAUCAGGAUCACCAUGAAACCACACACGAGGAUUCCAAGACAAAGGGAGCCUCGAACACAAAGCCUAUCAUCAAGGAGCUAUGGAAGGAGAUCCUCCCCCAAAACGUUGCGAUUUUCCUGCAGCACACCCGACUACAGAAUCUUGUUUCGCCUGUCGAGGGAUUGACCUCGACAACUGAGACUGUCGCCCUUUCAAUUGACGAGACGGAGGUUUGGAUUCGAGAUGUAGGACUCGUCGACGAUAUCGAACUUACCCCGGACUGGACAUCUGACGGUGAGGGUCGCGUCUUUUUGACUGGCGCAACUGGAUUUGUGGGAGCGAACCUCUUACGCUACCUGCUGGGCUUGCCGACGGUGAAGCAGGUCGCCUGCCUGGCGCGACGCCAGGAAUCGAUCAGUGGUGCAGCCCGCAUCCAGCAGACACUAAAAUGGUAUGAUCUUUGGCCAACCUCAUUGACACUGAUCCAGAAGACCAUGGUCUUAGAGGGCGAUAUGAAGAAGCCGGAUAUCGGGUUAGGCGCUGAACGCUUCCUGGCUCACCAACUGGGCAUCUGUCUGAAUUUCUGCGAGACUUAUGCUGCUCACUACUCCUCCAAUGUUUUGGGUACCAAGCAUGUACUGCGUGUCGCGGCCCUGGGCCGGCAGAAGUCUUUCCACUACAUGUCUAGCAUCGACGUCUGGGGCCCGACAGGUUUCAUCCUAGGCACACCGCGUGUGCUUGAAGAUGGACCUCUGUUCCCACACAUACAGGCUCUUCGAUACGAUCUGGGCUACUCAGCAAGUCAAUGGACAGAGGAGCAAAUGGUGCGGCGCAUGCGAGACCGUGGCCUUCCCGUCGCGAUCUACCGGCCCGGAUACAUCAUUGGGGACAACAAAACCGGCGCCUUGAACCCGAAUGACUUCUUCUCGCGACUCAUUGUCGGUAGUAUCCAAAUCGGCGCUUUCCCAGAUCUUCAACAGAACCUAGAAUGCUGCACCAUUGACUAUGUCAUCUCGGCCAUGGUUCACAUUGCCUCGUCCAAAAGUAAUCUUGGCCGGUCAUACAGUCUUUUAUCACCGGACCCUUCGGCAUCAAUCACUGUUCGCGAUACUUGCAAAGUGACAAAUGAUGCGGGCUACCCGGUUAUCGCUAAGCAGCUCCCCGAUGGGCCUUUGGCUCCCUUGAUGCCCAUGUUUGAGGAGCGCGUUCGGGGGGGAGUUAACUCGCAUACGCCUAUAUAUGACUCUACCAACACCGCGGACGCCCUUCGGAAUCGGUCCGACAUUCGGUAUCGGCCUCUGGACUCGGAAAUUCUCAGUUCAAUCAUUUCAUUUUGGCAAAGGAAAGGGUUUUAUCAGGUUUAA